GGCGGGCCACAUUAACUUCCGGGGGGCGGGGUUAAAAGCUGAAAUGUUUUGUUUUUGAAGUCUCCCCCAACUUAAGCAGUUUGUUGGAACAAGUCUAUGUGCGUGAAUGUGUAGUUGCUAGCGGUUAAAACCAAUGGACGCCUUGCACAGACACCGGUCACUUUAUAAAGGAACGACUCCGCCAUGGAAAGAAACAUACCGCAGGGGCUGCAUAGACAGACUGAAAAACAGCCGGUCGAGGCUGUUGGAGAGGUACCGUGGCAUGUCAGAGAGCCAGCAGCGCAGCGGCUCGGGCGCCUCCAUCAUCGUCCAGGAGGUGAUGGAGGAGGAGUGGACCGCCCUGGGGUCAGAGGACCGGAGACUGCCCUCCCUGUGGGGGCCGGAGGGCAUGGCUGAGAUGUUCAGUGUCAUGAAAGAGUAUGACGAACUGGCCGUCCUUGAAGAAAUCCAACAGGAGCUCAUGUCUCAAGAAAUGUCUAUUAUUGAUGAGUAUGAGAGGAACCUGCAGUUUGAACAGCAGUACAUAUCGUCUGUUGUGGAAGGGAUGGAGGAGAUGCAUGUUAUUUGCCCCAUAUGUCGCACGAACAACUUGAAUAUCAACAGCCAUUUCAUCUCCUGCCCCUGUGGACUGUACAUCAACACCAAGAAACAGAACAUUACUCCAGACAUCCUGUGCCGUCUUCUGGAGUCCAGAGUGUCAGAGCACAUGGAGGACUGCCUCUACAACCCCGUUUUUUCCGUAACUCCAAACACAGACAGCUCUCCAAACCUGAUGAUAAGCUGCAAGGUUUGUGACUACUUGUCCAUCGUGCUGUGAAAGCAGACAUGGCUAUUAUGAGUUACUUGACUCGUGAGAUUUGAUUUUGAGUUUUUUGUACUCUGCAUUUUUUGUGAAAUAAAGGCUGUUUUAAUAUUUAA